CUCCCGGCGAAAGCUGCGAGGGUUCUAUAGUUUAAUAUACCGUGCUUGUUGAUAAAAUGAAAUUUACGCUGGCCAUCAUUUUGCUAGCAGCAGUUAGCAACGCUGCUAGAACUGACAAAAAGAGUCAAGAGAAGAAUGAAGAUAAACAAGAAAAGAGGGGACUCGUCGAAGGAAACUCUGGGGUUGAUAAAAGAGCGCCCUUACUACCCACAGUUCCACCAUCGUCUCGAGUGGAGUACGCCAAUACAAAACAAUCUCUCCCGGACAAGUCGCCAUCCCAGCAAAUCUACGCGACCCCUCAGCCACAGAUCUCUAAGAUUUCAGACUUCCUGACAGGCCAUGGGGCAACAUUCCCCUCCGCUAUCGCCAGUCACCUCUACUCGCCGGUGUCUGUCUAUAAUCCCAAAUUUGAAAACCCUACAACAUACGAGGUAUCAGCUCCAGUUCCUUCACAACUGGCGUACACCGAACACCAACAGAGUGUGCCGUCAGCUAACUCUCUUCACUUUAGUCCCAAACCUCAGAAACUAUCAAACUACGUGCAGUCCCAGGAGCAACCAGCGUUUGAACAACAAAAUCUCGGCUACGAGCCAAUCAUUCAUCAAGUUCCCAAUAACGCUAUCAAUAAUAAUUUCCAACCGGUACAAUACAACCAAGCGCUCCCAGGGCAAGUGGAACAGCAACAACUGCACUUCGUCCAGGGUCAGUCCAUACAAAUUAUCCCGAGAAAUAUUCAACAACAUCCCAUACUAAUAAAGAAACAUCGUCCUGAGCAAAGAGAUAUAAAGAGUGAACCGGUACCAGCGCAAAUAUUCAACAAACAAAACUUGCAACAGGUGUAUAAUGAUAAAUCACAGAAAGCUCUGAGUUUCGCGAGCUUCACAUACAACCCGUCCUCACAGCCAGCCCAACCCUCAUAUGACCAAAUUCAAAACCAACAACUGUACACGCAAUCUCAACAAACACAUGUUCAGCAGCAACAGUUCCAACCGCAACCUCAACCACAACCUCAACCACAACAGUACCAGAAUCGAGGACAGACUUACGAACAGAUACCUUAUCAAUUACAGCAACAGGCACAGCUAUCAGAGAUCCCGUACCAACAAAUUCCGCAACAAAUACAACACCAACCGUCUCAAGCGCUGCAGUAUCAACCCCAGGCGCAGGUACACUACCAAGACAACCAGGCUCAGCUGUAUCAACAACUCCAGCAGCAGCUACUUCAAUCACAGCUGCCGCAACAACAACAACAGUACUAUCAGUUACAACAGCCUCAGCCUCAGCCUCAGCCUCAAUAUUUUGAAAAGCCUGAACAAGCCGCACAACAAUCUUUUGUAGACCAACAGUACAUUAAGCAGUCUCCGAUCCAGGCUCAGUUUAACGAACAGCUCCCUCAACAACAGCCACAGAGCCUGUCAUACAAACAGGCCGUCCCAGCACAUUCAUCACUUCCAGUACUUCCGACUUUCCCGCCGGUGCAGUACUUCGGAAAGUUCGCCCAGUCUGUUUUCGGAAAUUCCCAGCAUUGAUACGACAACGAUAACUAUAACUGAUCUGCAUGAAUUUAAAAACUGCUUUAUAAUAUAAUAUAUAAGGCAAUAAUAGAAGUCCUGUCUAGAGAGUAUAACUUACAUGCUGUCUCAUAGCUCGCGAAUCAUUGAUUCCUUUUGUAAAUAUUUAUUUAAAGUAUAACGAGACGUUGUUUAAGAUGUUAUAUUGAGGCUUCAUAGUAUAAUGAGCUUCUCCCCAGUCGGGAGAUCGAAGUCACGUUUGAAAGAUACCUGUGAUUUAA